AUGUCAGGAGUGGCUACUGUUCACAAGAUGACGGCAAGGUAUGCGCCCUAUGGGCAGCGACCAAGGCGGCCAGAAGGCGUUGUCACGGAUGUUGCGGAUGGCUGCGAAGACUUUGAGGGUAAUACCUUCAACCGACUGAUAACCAUUACAUCAAGAAUGUCCGCCCGCAGGGAUGCUCCUGCGAGUGGACUUAUUCCGGAGUCUGUAAAGGCAGCCGGCCAAGGGCAGACCCGCCAAAAGGCCAUCUCACGGGCACCCAGGGUGGACAAGCGGCAGACUCCAUAUCUGAGCUCGUGCUGGAACUGCCACCACUGUGAGAGCGGAUUUGUGCGAGUCUACGAAUUGCGGCGGCACUGGAGGACUGCGAGCGUGCACGUCCGGGCGUCAUUGACAUGCGACGAGUGCGAGAACGACGGGAUGUUCAGCCGGCCGGACGCGCUGCUCGCGCACAAGAGGACGUCCCACGGGUGGCUCUGA